AGGAGAGCUGGUGCAGUCGUUACUGCAGCUCCGGCCGCUGCGUUCGCUGCCUCUCGCCAUGGCCCACAAGCAAAUCUACUAUUCUGACAAGUACUUUGACGAGCAGUACGAGUACCGACAUGUGAUGCUGCCAAGAGAACUUUCAAAACAAGUGCCAAAAUCCCAUCUAAUGUCUGAAGAGGAGUGGAGACGACUUGGUGUUCAGCAAAGUCUUGGCUGGGUUCACUAUAUGAUCCAUGAGCCAGAACCGCAUAUUCUUCUCUUUAGAAGACCUCUUCCAAAGGAUGAGCAGAAAUGAACCAUUGUCUAGAAAUCUUCUCCUAAAUCUUCUGGAACUAUGUAUAUGAGUGUAUAUAUGUUGGUAUGUUGGUAGUAUUCAGUGAAUACUUUAAAAUGUACAAAACAUGCAUCCAUACCUGUGCAUGAGCUGUAUUAUUCACAGCAACAAAGCUCAGUCAAAUGCAAUUCCAAGUAGGCUGCUAUGGUGUUCAAAGAGUGAUGAAGUUAUCUUCUUUAUUGUUAAUGUAAGUGCCUAUCUGACUUUUCAGUGACUUUUCUUUAUUAAAGUUUACGUAUUGCAUGUUCUGACUAGAUGAUCACUUGUUACCUGUGUUCAGUAACUUCUGCACUCAGCCUUUCUGCUGAAGUGUAGCAUAUUCAAAUCCAGUGGCUCACCUGUUUAGUAGGCAUAAGAAAUAAACUAUUUUUAAUGUGCU